AUGAAUCCUACGUCAAUGUUAGUAGAGAUGAAAAGCUUCAUUCCUUCUUCAUAUACUUUCGAAACAGAAAUCCAGAAGAUAAAGCAAGAACUUCUCCAAGGAGAUUUAGAUUGCACUGCAAAAGA